GGAAGUUUAUAAAAACAGCAUGGCUGUAGAAUAUGCAUUUGUAGGAAACAGAACUAAUUUUGUGUGACAUUUAUCUAAUUUAAAACCAACCUCUAACUAAAACUAAUCAAUAUGAGUUCUUUUUCGGAGCUUGGUUUGAAUGACUGGCUUGUCAAGCAGUGUAAAGCUAUGGGUUUGACAAAAUCAACACCUAUUCAACAAAAAUGUGUGCCACCAAUUCUGAAAGGAGAGGAUUGUAUUGGUUGUGCUAAAACAGGAAGUGGUAAAACAGCAGCAUUUGCUCUUCCGGUAUUACAGAAAUUAUCAGAGGAUCCAUUUGGUAUAUUUGCAUUAGUUUUAACACCAACAAGGGAGUUGGCUUUCCAGAUUUGUGAGCAGUUCCGUGUGUUGGGUAAACCAAUUGGUGUUAGAGUUACUGUGAUUACUGGUGGUUUAGAUAUGAAUCAACAAGGUAUUGAUUUAGCUGUCAAACCACAUAUUGUUAUAUCUACACCUGGUAGACUAGCAUCUCAUAUAGAAAACUGUGAUACAUUUUCAUUGAAAAAAAUUAAAUUUCUUAUAUUGGAUGAAGCUGAUAGAUUGUUAGAAGAUGAUUUUGGUCAACAGCUUGAAACUAUAUUUGGGACACUCCCCAAAAAGCGACAAACCCUUCUAUUUAGUGCUACAUCGUCUCCAACUUUUUCUUCUUUGAUGGAAGUUUCUGACAAAAAGCCUUUUUUCUGGCAGCAAGAAUCCACAAUAGCAACAGUAGAUGAAUUAGAUCAGAGAUAUGUAUUAUGUUCAGCAGAUGUUAAAGAUGCCUAUAUGUUUCAUGUUUUAGAUAAAUUCUUAGAAAAAAAUCCUAAAAGUUCUGUUAUGAUAUUUACAAAUACUUGCAAAUAUGCACAAAUAUUAGGAAUGAUCUUACAAGAAAUGGGUGUUAAAUGUGUUAUAUUACAUUCUACAUUAAGACAACCAGAAAGAUUAGCAUCACUUGCAUCAUUUAAAUCGCAUAAAGUUAGAAUAAUGAUAGCAACUGAUGUAGCUAGUAGAGGUUUAGAUAUCCCAACAGUAGAUUUGAUUAUAAAUCAUAAUGUUCCUAAUAGACCUAAAGAUUAUGUACAUCGUGUGGGUAGAACAGCUAGAGCAGGAAGAGGUGGAACUGCUAUUACCAUGGUUACACAAUUUGAUGUUAAACUUGUUCAUGCCAUUGAAGAUUUCACAAAUUAUAAAAUGAAAGAACACCAAGCAGAAGAAUCAGAAGUAAUGGAUAUAUUAACAGAAGUAGCUGUCUCAAGAAGAGAAGCAGAAAUAAGAUUAGACGAAAGAGAUUUUGGGCAACAAAAAAUUUUAAACAAGAGAAAAAGAAUAAUAAUGGAUGGAGAGGAUCCUGAAGCUGAGGCCCAAAGAAAAGAAGAAGUAAAACGUAAAUUUAAAGACAAUAAUAAGAUUUAUAAAGAAUACUGUGAACGAAAAAAGAAGAAGGAAAAAAUAAUAAUUCGUAAGGAAAAACAGAAGACAAAAAAUUACAAACCAAUAGAAAAACCAUCUACCAGUGAUCAAUAAAUAAGGAAAUUCUAUCUUUGCAUAUAUUAUCAUUUAAGAGAACAUUUACUGAAAAAGCUUGCAGUAAAUAUUAAGAACAAAAUAUAUAAGAUUAGAUGGUCAUAUUGUUUAAAUCAAAGUGAAACUUGUCUUUGUUCUGUUACCAAAGUGAUUAUGUUUUUGAUCCAACAAAUACAUGUGACCAAAAAUAAGGUCACCUGCCUUACCAGGUUAUUUCUUCAGGUUCCUUCUUUGUAAGAGAAUCAUAUGUUAGCGUAGGGCUGGGUACUGUUUGAUUUGGUGGAUGGAGCAUAUAUUCAAUGUCUCUAUUUUUUAUAGGUCCACAUUCAUAAUGUGUGUCUGUGUACUGCCUACAGGAUGCAAUUCUUAAUUCUUAUUGAUUUUGGUGCAUGCCCAAACCUGUAAAGUCUCUGCAGGUCGCAAGUAUUAACAUAUUUUGUUCAAAUUGGGAUGGCCAAUCAUUUCAAUAACAGAAUUUUACCUAAUUAUAUCAUCCUUGUCCAAUUCCCAGGGGCAGAGCCAUGUCCAAUUUUUGUGUUCAUCGCCUACAGGUCGCAAUUCUGAAUGGAUCAUCCUGGAACUUGGCAAUGUUCCCCCAACCAGGCCUGUACACUAAUGCAUAUACACAUGACAUGUUAAUUAUAUAAUUGAGUCAUUCAUGGCCAGAAAGACAUGUUUAGGAAUUUAUCUAAUAACUAUCUCUUUGUUAUUAUAAUUAUGCACUUCACAUUCUGACAAGUCAGUUCAUUAGAACUUUCUGAGAAUUAAAUGUAAUGAAAUAAGUUAAUAUAUUGUGUAUUGGAAUACAAGAUGACCUAAAUGCAUAAGUUUAAUAAAGGAAAAUAUAUUGAUUUGAAAGAUUUACACUAUCUAUCUGGAAAUCAGAAAAUGCAUCAAAAACUGUAUCAUUCAAAUAGUAAAAUCAGAAUGUGAUGUGGCCACUAUGGAUGGUUUUGAAUAAAACGGUUUCCCCUUGUAUUUAAAUUUGGGCAUAACACAGAGGGGUUAUAAAUAAAAUGGAUUCAAGAUUUGUUAUAAAUGUGGGAAUAAGGAUCAAUUUCAAAAAGGGAACAUUAAUUUCACUGAGCAGAGCAAGGUAAAUAUAUUUUGAGGCUGUCAAAGAUAAAUUACCAGGCAACUGAACAUACACCCACAGUAGGUAAGUCAUGCAAGUAGUCCAUAAAUAUGAAGCAGAUUUUAUGUCAUAAUUCUAACUCCUAUCCUAGUAAUACGUGUAUGCAAUAUGCUUACUUCUAUGCAUGUCACUUCAUUCUUAGUUAAAUUGGCAUGUUGCAGAUGUAAAAAUGCUAAUUUAUAUAGCUUAUUUCUUAACUAUUGCAGUUAUAAUUUGUAUUUUAUUCUAUUUCCAUUAUUACUUUUAAUUUAUUUUAGUCAGUUUAGUUUUAUAAACAUUUUGACAUUUCACAAUUCUUAUGCAGUAAAGGUAUCAUAAUUCUAACGCUCAUGGUAACAAAUGGCACUGUUUACAAUUACAUGGUGGCUGAUUGGGGACAUGUAAAAUCUCGCCCUUUUCAUAACCUGACAGACAUGACAACAUUUUUCUGUCAAAAAUAAUAUUAGUUUGAUUUUGGUGCGCAUUGUACGUUCCGUUCAGCAGUUAUCCCCCCUUUCCAAAAACAUUGUGAACACGAUACAGGCUAUGGUUUUUAACAGAUUUUUUGGGGGAAUUUGGUUAUCAAUAUUCAGUGUUCUGCAACCUCCCUUUGCCAAAAACCUUGUAAACAUGAUGGAGGCUACAGUUUUUAACAUACUGAGCCGUAUCGAUUUACUCUGUUCUCCGUCCAUCAGCAUUCUGGUAACUUCCGUUUCAGAGUUAUCCGCCUUUUCAGAAAAUUUUGUGAACGUAGAGGCUACAGUUUUUAACGGAUAGUUUCAAAGUCAAUGUCAGACAGAGUACCCCAGACAGUCUUUUUUGGAACCCGAUUCCAUUUCUUACAGUAGUCCACAAUAGUAGAUGUAAUUUUGUGUUUAAACCGUUGGUUUUGUGUCUCUGCUGGCGGCCUUCAUCCCAAAGUUAUUUUUGACCAACGAUUCCUCAAAUUAGCUAUAAGAUGUGACAGAUGUCAUACACGAGGCAGUGUCACUUCUCAUUCAAGGAGUUAUCAUAACUAACUAACUUUUAUUUAAAAGGUCACACUGCGAGUUCAGUUCAUAAAAAUCAACAUAUUUGUAACACUCUUCAAAACGAUUCUAAAAGUCCACUUACAAAGGUCAAAUCAUCCUGUCAUUUAGUUAUAUAUAGUGGUGGGUGUCCUGUACAUUGGGGUUUGAUGGCUAAAUAAGUUUGUCUUAUUUUUAACCUCACUUUCUACAACUCAGCCAACGACCCAAAUAUAUAAUUCAUUUCAGCUAUGAAAAAUAAAUAACAAAUAAAAUUUGGGACUAGCAAGUAGCAAAUUUGAGUACUACCACUUGUAUUUACAUUAUUUACCCAACUUAAUGUGGCCAUAAUAUUGUCAACACCUCAGUUAUAUUCAUGAGGGGGGUAGGGUGGAUGGCCAAAUAAUUAAUGCAUGUGCAUUGCAUCAUAAGGUCAGUUAUUCAGUCAAGUGGUGUGGUUUCGAUUCCCCGCUUGUACAAUCAAAACCAGUCUAGCCAAGUGUAUCGAGGACAGCACAUUUGGGAAACUUUUCUAGUCAACUAAAUACUAAUAGCAAGUUCCUUGAAUGUCAUUUAGAAGUAGAGGUAUAAUAUUCAUAAUAACACAAAUUUGGGAUAGGGUAUGAAUGUCUAUGAUAUGUUCGGCUACUGCAGAUUUGUUGGCUUCCAUACGUCUUGUUGCUGCUUUGUGUUCUUCGAGUUUUACUCAUAACAGGCGGCAUGUUUCCCCUAUGUACAUGGAUUUGCUAUUGCAUUGGAUCUGGUACACUAUACCUUUUGGGUCCACAUUUGGUAGUUUCAUUCUCCCAUUGGCAUUGAUCAGUGAUUUUAAUGAAACUCCUCCACUAAAUGUUACAUCUAUUUGCAAUCUAGUUAGUAAUCUUUUAAUCUUAUAACUUGGUGGGCCUAUAAAUGGAAUAUUGAUAUGGAUUGGAGCUUUCUCUUUAACGGUCACAUUUGUGGCAUUAAAGGAGUUAGUGACAUUCUUGGAGCUGCGGUAGCUCAGUGAGUAAGACGCUGGCUAGCUAGCCUGUAGGUCAUGGGUUCGCUCCUGGGGUUGUCCGAGAAAGUUCCUUUGGAUAUUUCUGCAUUGUUUCCUCUUGUCAGUGGUGCAUGAUGGAGGACCUGACAAAAACAGCUGUUUAGUCGUUUGGAUGGGACAAAAUACUGAGGUCUCACACAUUGGCAUGCCCAUAAAAGAACCCAAGACAGUUGGAAUUUGAUAUAGAAGUAGGCAGUAGUGCCGCUGCCUGGGCAAAUUUCCCUCCUCACACACUGUAUGGCGUUUGCCUAUCUUCAUUAGCCCAGUCAGUACAGAAAAGUAGGGCGUUAACCCCUAUUUUAUUGAAAGUUAUUCCAAGAGACUUUUUCAUUGUAGUGAAGACUAUAACAUCAACCUUACAACUCCCAUUAAAAAAAUUGAUAAAAGUGGGCACCAGAUCUAAAAUAAGUUUUUUUACUGUGCCUUUAUUCCAUCUGAAGAUCUGAAUGUGGAUUCAACUUGAAUCACUUGUGGCAAAUGAGGUUUAAUGCCCCACUCUGAUAAUGUGGAUUCAACUUGAUCACUUGUCGCAAAUGAGGUUUAAUGCCCCUGAUAUUAGCUACUGAAGAUUUUUGUCCAAAUACCAAAAAUUUCAUACCAUAUUAUACAUGGCCAUUUUUUUCCACAUCCAUCGAGGUCCCCUUUGAUUUUAGGUAUCCCCUAAAUAUUUCCAAGGUUGGAAAACAGAAACUCUGUUCUAAAGGAUGUUUUCUUCAAAUCUACUUCUUACCAUUGGAACCCCUUUAAUCAAUGAUAAAAACCUCUUUAAUCACUGAUUUAUUACAUUAUUGAUUAAAUGGUUGAUUUAUAAUCAAAAUUAAUAAAUCUAUUUUAAGCUUUGAUUGAAAAAAAUUCUAGUCAACGAUUACCUAACUUUUGAGAAUGUCAAACUUAUUCAAUCACUAAUCUCUAACUAGCUAGUUACUGAUUAGACCUAAUCACAGAUUAUUUUAGACAAUGGUGAACCUCAUUGGGACCUUGCAACAUAUCGCACCAUCUGUUGUAGAAAGCAUUCAAUGAUUCAACCCAAUGAAAAUUUUGGGAAAAGUUAGAGCCGGUCAAAAAGACGAGAAUUAACCUUUAGGGAAAUUAAUGGUAUACUGUGACGCUCUGUUCAGAGAGAGAGAAAUGGGGUUUAACGUCCACUCGACACAAACUAGGUCAUUUCAGGACUAACAUUUGGUUCAGUUAUUAUUUCAAUAAUUCGCAUGCGUGUAGGGGCCUUUACCAGUGGGAGGAAACCGGAGGACCUGGAAAAAAACCCACAAGGCUGGAUAGGCGACCUACUCCUUGUCACGUACAACCGGGGAUUCGAAACCACACCGGUUGACUCAAUGACAGACCUUAUGAUACAGCGGGCAUGCGCUAACCAUUCGGCCAUCCCCACCCCCACCCCAGCACCUUUAAAUAUUGGAAACAAAUUAAACUAUAUUUAAGAUAAAUAUUUUAUUCAUAAUAAAAAAAAUAUAUCAAGUAAACUAGGCUGAUAUAUUUUUUAUUGUAUCAAAUGCAAAGAUAAUACCAAAAAGGAAAUGCUUAACAACAAUGAUUUGAAAAAAAUAAAAAUAAAAAAGAUAAAUUAAAUAAUUCAAAAAGAUAAUAUGCAUAUGAUGAUUUGAUUUAUGAUUAUAUAUUUAAUAAUCAAUACACUGAGCAUAAAAUUAUAAAAUUUAUUCAAAUAUAAUUAUGAUACCAAUUCACAGUUCAAAGUUUCUCACCAAUGUAACAUUUAAAUCAUAUAUUCAAUACCAAUUUAGCUACAGCAUGGCCAGCCUCAUAAAUUUGAAAUAACUUUGUUCCCCCAAACCCUAUUCAAAUUAAAUUCUAGUUAUAUCCUAACUAUAUUGAUAUGAGGGGUAGGGAUGGGGACUUGACUAGUCAGCAAACUUUAGUCUAAUCAAAGUUCAAUUAUUCCAGAAAUUUGCAUAAAUGAUUUUACACUCUAGUUUGACAAAACAAUAUCCAUAAAUAUCUGACCAGAAUAAUAAAUACUCCAGUAAAGUUGAGUCAUGAAAGCAAUAAAGUACCUUCUGGUAAAUAUUCAUCACUGGAAUAUUUACAAUAAAAAUGUUUAUUUAUUUAUCAUGUUAUGCCUGUUCAAAUAUGUCAUAAUGACACGCUAAAAUGCAUCAUGAAUGAUAAUAUUAAUUUAAAAUUGAUUAUAAUUAAGUUACCUACCCUGGUAAAAAUAUAUAAGCAUUGAUAACAUUUCAUACUUUUCACUAGUAAAUAUUUCAUAUUCUUUGUAGAAAAAUAAACAAAAGCAUAUUAAUGCACAUAACCAUUUAUUGAUUUUAACAUCAAUAUACAAGGCAUACACAUUCUAUACACUUGAGCUUCACUUAAACAGGCAUUAUGCAAGAGCUAAAUGUGCCUACUGCAGGUCUUUCUUUAUGCCUUAAAUGUUAAUAAACAAGCCAACAGUGAGGAUAAUGUCCCCCACCGAAAUCCCAAAAUAAAUAGAUGACACAUAUUAAUUGAUUUCAAAAGUAUCAAGCAAUCAAACUGAUUAUCAACUAUACACAUAUAAGUUUAGCUCAAAAUGUUAAUCAUUGAACUCAGUCAAGACAUUCACCUAAGGGACAUCUACAUCAAGUUUAAAGGGGCUAAAUCGCUAAUGGGUCGCAACGCAUAUGAUAAUGUAAUAUGUAUGUAUAUAAACUGAUUUACAUUCAA